UAAACAACUAGUGCGCGCGGACGUUGACUUAAGCGUUUGGUGUUCAAAACUUAAUUGAUCUGACAAAAAACAAAAAGAAAAUAAAUCUAAAUAAAUAGUUUACUUUUAGUUAAAAUACACCAGGAUUUAAUAUUAAUUUGUUCACAAUAAAUAAAAACACCAACACCCCACACAACUUUCAUAAUCAUUCAAGCAUUAUGUCAGGUUGUAGCUGUUUAGCAUAUGGCCUAUUGGCCACUUUACUAUUUGCCGCCACGGCAGUACAAUGUUCUCAAUAUUCCUCCAAUAUGUUCCUGAAUGGUGAAUAUCAAAAUGGUUUAUUAAGUCGACACGACGAAGAAUACAGACAAGAAAGUCCGGCAGCUGCAUUUUUAUCGCUGAUCAGCAAAAGAGCCUCACCCUUUAUGGGUCAACAAUAUUUGCCCACUCUGUUGGAGUGUCGUGGACGUGGUCAACAAUGUGUUCCCAAGGAUCAGUGUGUGAAUGGUUAUUUCACCCAACAAUUGCCCAAAGUACAGACUUGUGCCCCUGAAGAUAAUGUGUGUUGUACUUAUAAUCCCCCCACACCACCUCCAACUGCAGCACCCACCACACCAAAACCUUUUAUUACCUGUUCUACCCAUAUGGCCUGUGUAGCAGCCCGUGAUUGCCGCAAUGGUGAAAUCCUUAGCAAUGCUGUUGUUAAUUUAGAGACUAAAAAAUGCUACGAACCUAGUGUAUGCUGCGGUAUUCCCUCAACCAUGUUAACAGAAGAUGGUUAUGUUUUGAAGACACCACCUAGUCCAUUUACUUAUCCUCAGCCAUCUCCUAACAGUCCCACAACACCUGUUAACAAGGACUACUUGCCACCUAACCCAGUGACACCAGCACGUAGACCACAACCUCAACAACCCCAACAACCACAGCCCAGACCACAACCUCAGCCAAGACCACAACCCCAGCAACCUCAACCAAGACCUCAACCACAACAACCUCAACCCAGACCACAAGCUCCUGCCUACACUAACGAGGUGAAGCCUAGACCUCAACCCGUCCCAGCACCAACUCCUCAAGCACCAUCAACUGGACCUCAGUAUUUGCCUCCUGCUCCUCAACCAGCUAGACCUACAUACAAUCCACCAGCACCCCAACCCACACAAUCAGCUAGACCCCAAUACAGUCCACCUGCUCCUCAACCCACUCAGCAACAACCAGCCAGACCUCAAUAUACACCACCUGCUCCUCAACCCACUCAGCAACAACCAGCUAGACCCCAAUACACACCUCCCGCUCCUCAACCCACUCAGCAACAGCCUAAACCACAAUAUUUACCUCCCGCACCUCAACCUUCACCUCAAGCUCCAGUCAGACAACCACAACCUGCAGCAACUAGACCCACAUUCACUCAACCUCCACGCAGAAUUCCCUCAACUUCUCCACCCAAAUACUUGCCACCCGUUAAUCCCAGCCAACCCAAAUACAACGGCGAUCGUGACGUGCAAUCAACCAAUCAAGAGAAACAAGUUUACCAGCCAAAACCCGCACGCGGUGAAGACCAAUUGUCGCCUCAAAUUUUCCCACCUUCCCAGCCUCAAUUCCAAGAACCAGCUCCCGUUACUCCAGCUAAAUGUGCCUCCGCUUUGAUUUGUACUGCCGAAAACUACUGCAGUUCGAUCGGUGUGAUCAGUGAAACGCCUGUUGAAAUUACUCCCUUCCGUGUACCUUUAACCGAUUGUCUUAUUGAGGGUAGUGGAGCUGCUGGUAAAUGUUGUCGUGAUCCCAACUAUGUUGAUCCCUGGCCAGUAAAUUUGGCUGGUGUUUGUGCCACCAGAAAUAAGAAUACCAAACCUCAAGGUGUUAAGGAUAUUGAUGCUAACUUUGCUGAAAUCCCUUGGCAAGCUAUGGUACUCAAGGAAUCCUCAAAGACAUUGUUGUGCGGUGGUGCCAUAAUUGGAGAUGGUGUUGUUCUAACUACAGCCUCUUGUGUACAAAAUGUUGCUGUAAACGAUAUCCGUGUUAAGGCCGGUGAAUGGGAAUUGGGCAGCACUAAUGAACCUUUGAACUUCCAGUUGAUGGGUGUUAAGAAUGUGGCCGUACAUCCCAGCUUUGAUGGCAACAGCGGAUCCAAUGACAUGGCUGUUUUGCAUUUGACCGACCGUUUACAAUUCGCUUCCCACAUUCAACCCAUUUGCAUUAGCGAUAAGGAUCCUAGUCCCUCGGAAACUUGUAUUACAACCGGUUGGGGCAAACAAGCUUUAUCCAUUCAUGAGGAAGGCGCCAUUAUGCAUGUUACCACCACCAAUUCUGUGUCACGCAGCGAUUGCGGCGCUGAUUCCAGUGGUGUCUGCAGCACUACCAACUUUGAUGCUUGUCAAUUUGAUUCAGGCAGUGCUUUGGCCUGUGGUACUGGUUCCAGUGUUCUACUCAAGGGUAUUUACAGUGUUGAAAACGCUUGCGGCGAAGGCCAAGCAGUGCGUUUCAUUAAACCCGAUGUAGCCUGGGUUAAUAAGCAAUUUUUGGAAAGAAGUAAACCUCUUCUCUUGAGAGUGUAAAAUACUAUAAUUAUUAUUAACACACAUUCAAAAGCCACAAAAACUAAAUCAGUCUGAAAAAGUGUUAAGUGCUACAAAAAUAUCAAAAAACCAGAAUAUAGAUCUUAGUAUUUUUCCUGAUUUCUCUUCACUCAAAACUCACAGCUAAAUUAUUAAAUAUUUCAUACAAAAAAUCCUACACCCACACCCAUAAAAACCCUCUUUCUCUCGCCAUCUAUUCAACACACCUCCUUUGUCUUUUUAUUUAAUAUAUCAUACGAAAAUGUUAAACACACUCACUCACCCUCAAUCCCAAAAAAAAGAACACAAGCCUGCCUUUAGAUCUUUAAUUUCCUGCCCUUUUAAGGACUUACACCCUCCAACAACUAUUUCCGUCUGCGCAAUUUUACUUAGUUACAAAAUGUUUUCUUUAAUUGUUAUUUUAAGUUAAGAUCGUUUUCUUCCAUUUUAUUUAAAUCUUUAGAGACAUGAAAAUGAACAUUUUAAACAAAGAUUUUAAUGAAAAAUUAGCUUAAAAUAUAUACAUAUAUAUAAAAAUAAUUAAAUUUUUACUGCAAUUACAUAAAAAAAAAUUGAGAUUAUUGUUUGUUCUUAGUUUAAGUUCUUUUUAUCUUGUAUGUUUUUCUUAAUUUUCUAAUCUAUUUCUUUUUUAUUAUUUUAUUUUGUUUUUAAUUUAAACAUUGACUAUAUAUUUUCAUUACGUCAUCAUUAAAACAUAAACAAUACUAUAAAUUGUAUAAAAAAAUUUAAAAAAAAUAAACAUUGUAUAAUUAUUUAUGUCUUAUUGAAAAUGUUGUAUAAAAGUAAACUUUCUAAAUUAAGAUUCUAAUUUAAUUUUAAUUUUUUUUAAUAAAGAAUAUUUUUAAAUAAAUAAAUUUAA